AUGGCGGCGCAGACAACUCCAAAGGGCAUGUCCUCGAGACUGCUAACUAUGAAGUUCAUGCAGAGAGCAGCAGCGUCAUCUUCACCAGCCUCAGCCCCGAGCACACCCGCUUCUGAUGACUCCUCCAAGCGACGCAAAAUCUCGCAUAAUCGCUCGAACAACGAUGAGCUCGAGGUCCAGGUGGAUCGCAAAGCUAUCCAGGCUGCCAUUGAGGAGGGCGAGCGCAAGCGCGAGGAGGCACUGGUUAAGCACGCUGAAGAGCUUGGCGACGCGAGAUGGGUGCUAAAUGUUCCGAACCUGUCGAGUUCUGGCGCGGGAGCUCCAAACCCUUUGCGAGUGGUUCAGGUUGGAUAUGCCCAGAUUGACUCACCUGAUACUUCAGACGACGACGCAGAUACAUCCCGAAACACGCCCGAAAAAGUACAGCCGAUUCGCCGAUAUAACAUGGGUAAAAAGAAGGCAUGUUGUUUUUCGUACCACGUCUAUUGCUAUACCUUUUUGAAAUUGCAUAUUAAUCUAACAUCUUUACAGACUGCCACUGAGGCAAGUGAUUCUGAGGACGACGACGGCGACUCCGACUCUUCUAACGACUCUGAUGCAUCCGGUACGAAUUCAUCCGAAGAUGAGGACGACUCUGAGUCUCAGACCCCUUCCACGAAACCUAGAAGUGGCGACCGCAGAGGUAGCUAUGCAGACAGACGAAGUGCCGAGAAAGCCAGAGCCAAGGAAUUUGCGGACAAGAGGAGAAAGAAGGAGGUCAAGCUGAACAAUGCCAGAUCUCAGCCUACUGGUGGCCUCUCGUCGAUCUCCGGGGGUGGCCUGUCACUGUCUUCCGGUGGCCGCCCUAUGCAACGACAAUCUGGUGCUUUUGCUUUCAACUGCCACAAUUGCGGCGAGGUUGGCCACAAAGCCGCCGACUGUAAGAAGUCCAAGAAACGUUCCCGGUGA